UAGGCAUAGUGUGGGCAUGACAUCUUCUGACCUUUCUAACUUCCGUGAAUUUCUCAACCAAAGCCGUUGUAACAGGAAAGGGGUCCACGCCUCUCCAAAUCCCGGAAUUGACAACCACAACUUAAAUCUCAACCACAAAGAUAGGAAAGACAGCGAAUAAAGGUGGCACAGUGAGACAUCAUAACAGUGGGAUGUUUUCAUAUGCUAUCCGUAACAUAGGAAUAUAAAAUCUGCCAUACUAGAAUUUUAAAAGAUUUCAGUGCAGCAUUAUAAUUUCAUCGCCAUAAAGAAUUUCUGCCAUAAAAACUCCUACUGAUAGAACUCAACAGUUCCUCUGCAAUUUAGUUGACUGGGGCACUGAGAGGCUGUGACUCCCCAAGAAUUACACUAGUGGUUCCACAGCUCCAUCGGCCCGUGACAAGAUCCCAAGGAGGCAGGGGAAUGAUCCCAAAGGGUAAUCAAUCUGAAGGACGCACACUGCAGAGGAUCAUGAAAGCCCUCCUCAUUGUAGCUGUCAUCGCCAUAACUCUGGGCUCCCUGGCUGCUCAGGACCAGGAACGGGAAAAGCAAAGUCUGGAGAGUGAAAGCGAUGAACAGUUUGCAGGGUUUUAUGGGAAUCGUUACUGGUACCCGUUUGGCGCCUACCCACCCUACCCACCUUUCGGCUACCCCAGAUAUCCAUGGCCAGGGUAUUACUUCAUCCCAGUGCCACCUGCAGCAGCAUCUCCUCCUUCUGAUCAAAAAUAAGUCAAACGGAGAACAAUGAGGUCAUGCUCAAAUUCAACCUUGAGUUCAUGUUCUCUAAAAGCUGCCUCCUGGAAGAAGGCAUACUGAGGCCAAAGGGGAAGCAGUUGUCGAUGCAUAUCUUGGACUCAAGGCAUUUAACUAUGUUCAAUGUGAUGACUCUUUUCCAAUAAACA